GGAGAGAGGAAGGUAGGGUCAGGGAAAACAAGCAACCUUUCCAGCUGGGCAGCCAGACGGAGGAGUGGAUUAGCCCGGGCAAAUCCUUUUAGCGCGCCCCAUCACAUGGUCCGUUUAAGUGGCUUGUUGGCUGCAAACCUCUCCCGCAAGGCAAUUAGCAGCGCGGGGGGGGGGGGAGAGGGAGGGGAGAGCGAGGGAGAAGAUGCCCUUUAAAGGGGAAAAGGACGGGGACGAACUUUGUCCGGAGAAAAAUAGCACAGAGAGCGAGGUAAGCCAAGCACAAAAAGAAAGAAAGAAAGAAAGAGGUUUUCCUAUCCUCUCUCUGGGCCGAUCUUUUCGCGGAACCCCCGAGUGCUCUGAUUUGUAGCAACGCCCUGCGUAAAAAGGGGGAAAUGGGUUACUUUUAAUGGAAGUUGGAACACCGUGCAUUUAAAGCGCGCGCGCUGUGCACACACAAGUAUUGCGCAGUGUAGUUUGAGGGCGCUGGGAGCUGUAGCUCUGCGAUGGGCAAUCUACAAUAUCCCCCAGGAAUAUAUAUAUAUAUAUAUAUAUUUAGGGGGUUCGGAUGUGCUUUAGAAGACGCGUCCGAUUUAGAACACACACUAAAGCUGGGGGGGCUGCGGAUUUGGGAGCCAGGAUUGCCCGGGUUCUUGGGAAAGUGGGGCACUUCGAUUUUAGCGUCCUUUUUGCAGAGAGAUGGGCUUCUGUGCUUGGUCAGGCAGACAGCAGUUGGCCGGGUGCAGCUUGUUCUCCUGGCGUGGAGAUGCGACGAGGAAGGCUUCACCUGGUGGAUUUCUGCCUGUUAGGGUGGGGGCGGGGGACAGAUCGUGAAGCUGAGGCUCCAAUACUUUGACCACGUCAUGAGAAGAGAAGACUCCCUGGAAAAGACCCUGAUGUUGGGAAAGAUGGAGGGCACAAGGAGAAGGGGAGGACAGAGGACGAGAUGUUUGGACAGUGUUCUCGAAGCUACCAGCAUGAGUUUGACCAAACUGUGGGAGGCAGUGGAAGACAGGAGUGCCUGGCGUGCUCUGGUCCAUGGGGUCGGACACGAGGGAGAGGAGCUAGCCAGAGCUCUCAAGUUCUCCCUGCGCGUGGGGCGGGGAGGGGCUCCGGUAAGGAAGAACCGGUCCGGGAUGCCUGAGUGUGGGCGUUCCUCCCUUGGAGGCGGGCUCAGGUGUCCGCCAGGUGUGCUGGCUGCCCUUUGCUCGGGGUGGAGCAGCGGCAGGUAAGGGAGAGAUGAUGUGUCACAGCUAUUGGAGGGUGAACGGUGCAGCCAGCCUCCCCGCGCAGGUAAGCACAGCAGCCUGGGGUCGAAAGGUGCGUGGUGGAGGGGAGGUGGCCCAGAGACGCCUGCAAUGGCCGAGGGAGCAAAUCAGUACAGAGCGAAACUGUAUAAUGCAAAGUCCACGCUGGAGAAGCAAUAUGCCUCACCAGGACUCCUGGGUCCUCUUCUGCGGAGGAGGGAAGUUGGUCAGGAAGGCUCCCCAGGUAAGAAGGGACCUCAGCAGGAGCAGAUGGGCUGCAGUAGCUUAGAGGAACAUGCUUUUGCAUGAAGAGCAAUCCAGGUUCAAUCUACUGCAUUCCCCUGGAGAACAACUGCCACUCAGUGUAAAAGUAAAGGGACCCCUGACCAUUAGGUCCAGUUGUGGCCGACUCUGGGGUUGCGGCACUCAUCUUGCUUUAUUGGCCGAGGGAGCUUCCGGGUCAUGUGGCCAGCAUGACUAAGCCACUUCUGGAGAACCAGAGCAGCGCACGGAAACGCCGUUUACCUUCCCACCGGAGUGGUACCUAUUUAUCUACUUGCACUUUGACGUGCUUUCAAACUGCUAGGUUGGCAGGAGCAGGGACCGAGCAACGGGAGCUCACCCCAUCGUGGGGAUUCGAACUGCCGACCUCCUGAUCAGUAAGUCCUAGGCUCUGUGGGCUUGGGGGGGAAAGGCAAAAUUCCAGCAAGGUGGUUGCUACUGGUUUCUUGGGGCAGAAAUCCUGGACAAGCAAAGUGACAAGGGUCUGAUACUUUUAUGGGCUGCAACCUGAUUAGUCAGAUAGCGCGUGGGUCCCUAGGCCUGCAAAACAAUAUUCCAUGAUUUAAAAAAUGGACGGGUUUUUUGUUUUUAAAGGUGCCCCACAAAUCCUGCUUGCUAUCUCUGGUUGGCUUUGUAAGCUGAAGGGGAGCUUGAGGGAAGCGAUCUGUACUGUCCUUAUAUCCUUGCUUAGGGUAGCUGUUUCCAGGAGCGAGAAGAUUGCUUCUCUUGUGUGUAUGGAUUUAUUACUCUCCCUUCCUGCCUCUGAAAAAAAUCAAUCGCCAUCUGUCCCUGUUUUUCCCCUGGACCCCUUUUGGACGUCUUGAUCCAGAGACUGAGGCUACAUACACACCAGAUGCUUAAUGCACAUAACUUUCCCCAGAGGCGGCUGGGAGCUGUAGUUCUGCACAGGACAAGCUACAGUUCCCAGGAUUAUUUGGGAGAAGCAAGAUGCUUAAAAGGUACAGUGUGCGCACAGUCAGUUUAGAGCUGGAUUUCCUGGCACCAGAGACGUCUGUCUUCUGCUUUCUUGAUUCAUAGCCACCAGCCCACCUGUCGUGCCUGGGGAAAGGGAGCUUUUCACCAGGAGACACUGGCUGAUAAGAACCUAAGAAGAGCAUUGCUGGAUCAGGGCAAAGGAACAUCUAGCCCAAACUUUUUCAGCAGGGGGCCAGUCCACUGUCCCUCAGACCUUGUGGGGGCCGGACUAAUAUUUUUUUUUGGGGGGGGGGGGAAUGAACGAAUUCCUAUGCCCCACAAAUAACCCAGAGAUGCAUUUUAAAUAAAAGCACACACUCUACUCAUGUAAAAACACCAGGCAGGCCCCACAAAUACAGUGGUACCUCGGGUUAAGUACUUAAUUCGUUCCAGAGGUCUGUACUUAACCUGAACUUGUUCUUAACUUAAAGCACCACUUUAGCUAAUGGGGCCUCCUGCUGCCGCCGCGCCGCUGGAGCAUGAUUUCUGUUCUCAACCUGAAGCAAAGUUCUUAACCUGAGAUACUAUUUCUGGGUUAGCAGAGUCUGUAACCUGAAGCGUAUGUAACCUGAGGUACCACUGUAACCCAGAGAUGCAUUUUAAAUAAAAGGACACAUUCUACUCAUGUAAAAACACACUGAUUCCUGGACCGUCCAUGGGCCGGAUUUAGAAGGGGAUUGGGCCGGAUCUGGCCCCCGGGCCUUAGUUUGCCUACCCAUGAUCUAGCCCAACAUCCUAUUCUCACAGAUAUCUAUGGGAAACUCACAAACAAGAUUCAUGCUAGGCCAAAAUCUAGUCCAGCAACCUAUUCUCACAGUGGCCAACUGACUGCCUGUGUCGGAAGCCAGCAAGCAGGACCUGAGCGCAAGAGAACUCUCACAAUCCUAGAUAGCUCAGUUGGUUAGAGUGAGGUGCUGAUAACGCCAGGGUUGCAGGUUCGGUCCCCGUAAGGGACAGCUGUGUAUUCCUGCAUUGCAGGGGGCUGGACUAAAGUAUCCUCAGGGUUCCUUCCAGCUCCACAAUUCUGAUUCUUUGAUUCCUCUCCUGUAGUUUCCAGCAACUGGUAUUUAAAAGCAUUAUUGCCUCUGCUACUGGGGGGGAAUGCAGAGUAUUUUCCUCCCAAGAAUUUGUCUAAUCCCCUCCUAAAGCUGCCCAAGACAAAAGCUGUUAACAAAAUAAAGUCAUAAAACAAUUAAAUACACAUACACACAAGCGCAGAACAAUUAUGGUAACUGAAGCAGCAGCAAGCUAAAAUCAGUUUCAAUAAGACCAAAAAUAAAAGUUUCAGUGACUUUAAUGAUAUCAAAUGUAACCCAGCAGCAAUUAAAAACGGGCUGAAUAAUCCAGGUUUCUAAGGCUCGUUUAAAUAUCGAGGCAAUUCAAAACAGAAAUUUAUGGAAAAGUGGGAUAGAUAUAAGAUAUAUGUUCAAAAAUACAGUAAAGGUUUGCUAUCUAUGCUAGCAUUCAAUUGACGUUGGAGAGAGACUGAGCUGAGAAAUAAGAACAAGGGUACAUAUUGAUAUAGGAAUGUAUUAGAUAAAAUGUAAAGAAAUAUACAAUAAUAAGAGUAUAUUCCUUUGUAAAAAAGGAAUAUACAACGGGAUAGACAGGAAGUCCAAAGUGUUGGUACAUAUAUGAUUUUGGAAUAGUUUUUUGUCCUUUUUUCCCUUUAGGUAUAUAAACUUUGUAUAUAAACUUCAUAUACAUGCUGAAAAUUAUAUUAUAAUAAGCCUUGUAAUGUAAUAUGACAAUGUUUACUGAUGUAACAUAAGAAUGUUAAUAAAUAAAUAAAACUCCAUAUAUAUAUAUAUAUAUAUAUAUAUAUAUAUAUGGCAGGACCAACCCAUGAGGCUGCGUCUUCAAAUAGGCAUUCCCUCUGAGUAAGAGAAAAGGGGUGAAUGUGUCUUUUAAAAAGCUGCUUGCCACCUGAACUUUUAUGUAUUAAAAUAAUUUAUAUUGAAAUCUGCUGCCUGAUUAAUCGGGAGCAGGUUUUGAAAUCUUUUUAACUGAAUGAAUUUACAGUACACUGCUUAACAAGCUUCACAGCCCUAAUGAUUUUUGCUGUUGGGUGUAUCUGCUGUGGUAGCUCAGUCGGUAGAGCAUGAGGCUCAUAAUCUCAGGGUUGUGGGUUCAAGCCCCACCUUGGGCAAAUGAUUCCUGCAUUGCAGGGGGUUGGACUAGAUGACCCUCGGGGUCCCUUCCAACUCCACAAUUUUAUACAUCUAUGAUUCUAUGGAUCGCUUGGCUGUUGGAUCAUAGCUGUCCAUCACGUUCCUUGGGAGUCACACUUUCAACUAAAGAGAAGCACUUUCCCAGUCUUUGAGAGGCUAGACAAGUAAGUUUUGGUUUCAUGCCUAGGAUUUAAGUGGUGUGCAUUUGGUUCACAUGUGUACACCUCCCUUAUGACAAAGCCUAGUUUCACAGCAAGAAUAAAACAGGUUCCGCUGUCAGAAUAAAUGUAUGCCAGUGAUGAUAUUCUUCUUGAAUUUGAACUAUUUAUUAACUUGCGUUGAUUCCGGCCUUCCAAGUUGUAAUCUUUAAAGCAGUUUAAAAACCAGGAAGACUAGAAACAUGCUCUUUUUUUCCUCUCUCGGAAAAACAUGAGAAUACUUGGUGUGUUACUCUCUGUUUGCAAAUAUCGCGUUUGCGUGCUUUCACAGCUCUGGGUGGUGAGGAGAAAGAAUGUACUCUCUUCCCCCACCCCAGCCCUCUACCUUCCUGGGAAAUUACAGACUGUUUUUUAGUUCAUGAAGUUUCUGGUUGGUCUGGUUUUUUUUGUUUCUAAUCCUGGGUGUGUAUUUGUAAAAUAUAUUCUUUGCCUGUAGGUGCUUCUGGCAUGUUGCAUUUGGAUGAAUUUGGCAAACAAUGAUCUUGAUAAAUGAUACGAGCCAUUGGGAGCAGGAACAGAGGAAGCCAAGCUGAUCCAUCAGUAGGUAUUUCUGUUGUCGUCUUACUCAGAGUCGAAGCCGAGAAACUAGAACCUGGCUUUUGGAUUUCCAUUGGGGAGAAAGACUAGACCUUAAGAGGCCCAGAUCAAGAAAUCUUGAGUGCUCCAGAAACAAAAGCCCCAGGUACUAUCUGGACCGAGACAGGAUCAGAACACUGUAGUAAGGAAGCUACAAAUAGAAUUUUGGAGAGAAUGAAAUACAGGCUUUGAGGAUCCAGGAAAACCAAUCCAGAAACAUUCUUUGGCUUAGCCUGAGCAGGUUGUUGAAUACAGAAAAGUUAUAGAAGUUCCAGCUCUUGCAGUGAUUUACAGCUGCCAGGGACUACAUGGAGGCUCAGAAGAGCGCAGGAUUUCCUUCCGCUGCCCCUCGCCUCUGAACCCAUGGAGAGCCUCAACAACUUCUGCCGCCUCUGUGGCGCGGUGCUUCGCGGCAACCACCGGCGGUGGCUCUUCAGCCGCAGUGGGGGCGGCUCGCGCCCUGACCUACAAGUGGUGCUCUCCUACGUUCUCAGCCGGGAGCCUCCCCAGCGCGGCGAUGGGCGGGGGGAGUUCUUGUGUGGGAAAUGCGCCCAGGCCUUGGGCCGGGUGUACCGUUUUGACACCGUCAUCGCCCGGGUGCAAGCCCUGUCCAUCGACCGCCUCCAGCGCCUGCUGUCGGAGAAGGACCAGCUGGCUCGCACCCUCCGCCACAUCCAUGCGCAGCGGUUCCCGGAGGAUGCCGGCACCACGUUCUCCUACGUGGGCCAAGAGAUCUCCGCCAGCAUCGCGGAUCUGCCCCACGUGCGCUACCAGCGCCUCCUGCAGGACGACAUGGCCCUCUCUCAAUAUGAGUGCUGGGCCGGGGACGCCGACGGCAGCUGCCCGGGGACGCCCUGCCGGUCGCGGCAGUGCCGCAGCUGCCACGGGCUCCGGGUGGAGGAUUCGGAUUACGAGUGGGUGUGCCGGACCCCCAGGCGGCUGGGGGUGCUGUCUCCUGGCUUCCCCCUCUGCCGGGACAAGUCGCAGAGCAUGCCCACAGUCCACCGCGCCGGAUCCCGCGCCUCACUCCGCUCGCAGAGCUUGGGAGACGCCGAGUCUUGCUCGAUGCUGUCGUUGGACACUCUGCACACUCUGCCAGAGCCAGAUGUGGCCUGGGAGGCUCUGAGGGCACUGAGGGGCAUUGAGAGGAAACAGCUGCGGGUGCCGGCGGGCAGCAAGAUCCCGGUGCUGGCCAGGAACAGGCAUGUGCCCAGUCCUCGGAGGGAGAGCCCCUUGGGAGAGGAGGCCUUUGAAGAGAUGGUGGAUGAGUUCCUGCCGCUGGAGUCGAAGGUAAGAGGCAGAAAGAGAGGCAGGCAGGUGAGGUCUUCUCUGAGGAUCUCUGCUUAAAUCAUUCCUGCUCAAGGAUCCAUGCAGCAAAACUGCUUUAAUGAUGUAGCAUAUUUCUGAGCUAAGCUGUUAGGGAGCCAGGCCGCAAUAAAUCACACUGAGUACAUGAAGUUAACUCUUUAUUAGAAGAAAGAGGGCCUGCUCAGGACAGCCAGGCCUAACGAGCGCAGCAAUUCGUCUUGGUAGAUCUUGGCCCCAUGAGGCCAAGAUUAAAUAUUCCCGCCUUCCCACAGCUGCUUAAGUUUCCUUCUCUCCUGGGUCCUUCCCAAGCAAUCUGAGACUAUGCCGUCUUGCCUGUCUGUGCUCCUCUCUCUUCAUACCUCUUCGGGUCCUGGGAGACUGUAGGGAGGAGACCUUGUCACAGCAGGAGCGGGGAGACCUCCUGGACUCUUCACCAGCCUGACUCAUCUCUGCCUCUUGCCUCCUCUCCUGAUUCCGCUUCUGCUUCCGGACUGCUCUCUGCCGCAGCUUCUUCCUGCUCACUAAACCCUGUUGCCUUUUCAGCUUCCAACCCUCCUCUUCCUAGUCUGCUCCCUCUUCUUGCUCUGACCACUCAUCAUCAUCCCACCACCUCUCCCUGGGCUCUAAGACUUCUUCCCUCGGGGGUCCCCCAACUGGUGCCUCCCAGCAUUCCUCUGCAUCCAGCCAGACUAUGGCAUAAGCCAUGGUUUGUUUAGCCCAAGUGCUGCGUGUGUGGAUGUCAGACUUAACCAUCGUUUGUUUGAUGCCAGAAACCACAACGUGAAGCUGUAGUUUGUUAUUGGCAUAUGAACCUCCUAAACAUCCACCAGACUAAAGAAGUUGAACCAGCUGAGGGGAAAACAAAACAAACCUUGAGGAAAUAAACCAGGGGUCAGCAAACUUUUCCAGCAGAGGGCCAGUCCACUGUCCCUUAGACCUUGUGAUGGGGACCAGACUACAGUGGUACCUCGGGUUAAGUACUUAAUUCGUUCUGGAAGUCAAUUCUUAACCUGAAACUGUUCUUAACCUGAAGCACCACUUUAGCUAAUGGGGCCUCCUGCUGCCGCCACACAAUUUCUGUUCUCAUCCUGAAGCAAAGUUCUUAACCUGAAGCAAUAUUUCUGGGUUAGCGGUGUCUGUAACCUGAAGCGUAUGUAACCUGAAGCGUAUGUAACCCGAGGUACCACUGUAUAUUUUUUAAAAAAUGAAUUCCUAUGCCCCACAAAUAACCCAGAGAUGCAUUUUAAAUAAAAGGACACAUUCUACUCAUGUAAAAACGCACUGACUUGCUGGCUGGAUUUAGAAGGCGAUUGGGCCGGAUCCUGCCCCUGGGCCUUAGUUUGCCUACCCAUGAAAUAAACCAUACUUUGUCUGCUCGUUUCUGAGAUAACCCAGGAACUGUUGAAGCAAACCAGGGUGUAUACUGGGUCCAAAUUCCCACCCAGCCAUGGCUGACCUUGGGCCAGAUGCUUCCCCUCAGCCGAACAUACCUUGCAGGGUUCUUCUGUGGGUAAAAUGAAGAUGGGAGGAUCAAUGCGCACUGCCUUCAGCUCCUUGGAGGAGCCUAGAAAUUAAGAGGCGGUUUCUGGUGGGGAAAUGCGGCGAGAGUAUCCAACACAAAAGCAGCCUGUCUGCUUGAUUCUGGCCCCAAAACGUGCGGUUUUAUUCCUCGCUUGCCCCACGGGACCCUAAGUAGGAGGCACACCCCUGGGUGAGGCCUUGAGGCCUGGCAAGCCCUCUCACCCGCAUAGAUCUUGCCACCCAGGAACCCUCCCGGUCUAACCCUGUUUUCUUUCCCUUAGUUCCAAGCUCAGCAGAUGCUGCAACAGGAUGUCCAAGGGGCGUAUGAGAACCUGAAGCAGCGCCUUGAGGCUGCCGAAGAAGAACUCAGGAGCUUUCAGGAGAAGCUGGGAGAGGACGUGAAGCCGGUAGAGCCAUUUUGUUUUGGGGCAGGGGAGGGAAAACUGUCCAUGGCAGCCUUUGCUUCGCUCCCAAAUUGCAAGCUGCGCAUAGGGAGCUCUGGAGCCUUCUGUCGAGUCAGACCUUGGCAUCAUCUAGCUCAGGAUUGUCUGCACUGGCCGGCAGCUGCUUUUGUUAGCUGUUGUUGUCCCUCUAGGACCGCCUAGAGGGGCUGGGAGCUGGGGGAAAUGUUAUACAGUGAUUCCACUCCUUCCUCCUGUGCCAUGUUAGUGGUGUUGGGGGAUGAGUGUUCAGACCCCUGGGCUCUCACUUGUGGGGUGCCUCAGGGUUCUGUCCUCUCCCCCAUGCUUUUCAACAUCUACAUGCAGCCGCUGGGAGAGAUCAGGGGGUUUGAGCUGGGUGUCCAUCAAUAUGCGGAUAAUACCCAGCUCUACCUUUCUUUCAAAUCAGAACCAGUGAAGGCGGUGAAGGUCCUGUGUGAGUGUCUGGAGGCGGUUGGAGGAUGGAUGGCGGCUAACAGAUUGAGGUUGAAUCCUACCAAGACAGAAGUACUGUUUUGGGGGGACAGGAGACGGGCGGGUGUGGAGGACUCCCUGGUCCUGAAUGGGGUAAUUGUGCCCCUGAAGGACCAGGUGCGCAGCCUGGGAGUCAUUUUGGACUUCCAGCUGUCCAUGGAGGCGCAGGUCAAAUCUGUGUCCAGGGCAGCUGUUUAUCAGCUUCAUCUGGUACGCAGGCUGAGACCCCACCUGCCCGCAGACUGUCUUGCCAGAGUGGUGUAAACAGUGUUUCUGUGCGCUCCAGUUUCCAUCAUGGUGUCCCGUUGUGCCAGAAGCGGUUUAGUCCUGCUGGCCACGUGACCCGGAAAGGUGUCUGUGGACAAACGCCGGCUCCCUCGGCCUGAAAGUGAGAUGAGCGCUUCAACCCCAUAGUCGCCUUUGACUGAACUUAACUGUCCAGGGGUCUUUACCAUUUUACCUUUACCUAUUAGAACAACUAUUGUGGGGUUCUCUUCUCAGGACAGCCCUGAGCAAGUGGUGGUGUGAUAUUGCUAAGCUAGGCCAUUGCUCCUGUGUCUGGUGGAGGCAGUGAAGGGUGCUGCCCCAUCUCUAGUGUUGAAGUAAGAAUGUACUGCCAGCUUGGCUGGAAUAUGGGAAAGUAGACGGAGAUCACCUUCUUUUUAUUUUCCCUCAGGCAGCAUAGUAGCUCAGUGAUGGAGCAUCUGCAUUGCAUUACGAAGGCCCCAGUCCCUGGUGUUUCCAGGUCAGGCUGGGACAUAGCUGUCAAGUGUCCCGUAUUUGAAGGGACAGUCCCUUAUUCCAGCGCCAUGUCCCGCUGCUGUCCCUUAUUGAUGGAUGUCCCUUAAAUGAUGUCCCUUAAAUGAUGUCCCUUAAAUUUCAAAGGAAGCAGCUCCUCUCCCUCCCUCCCUGCCGGCCAGGAAGGAGGGAGGCUCCAACUGUGUUGCUUGGCUGUGUUGCUCACCCAAUAUGAAGUCUAAGAACAACUGGGGGGUGGAGCUUGCAUGCCUUGUGUGUGGCUAGUUAAUGCAAGCUGAGGAGGUUUUUGAAUGCUGUACGCCAUUUUGUUGCACGUGCUGCUGCAAACCUUGCAGUGCAAAGCCAGGCCGGGGAGCCAUCUUAAGUUGAGGCUGCAUAGGCCUUGUGGUGCACGUGAUUCAGAUUCUAUUCAGUUGAACCUCUGGUUACAAAGUUGGUUGGACAGUGUUCUCAAAGCUACCAGCAUACGUUUGACCAGACUGAAGGAGGACAGGAAGACUGGAGUGCCUGGAACAGGUGAGGCUGCAGGUCCCUUAUUUUGGCUGCUGGUCCCUUAUUUUCAAAUCUGUAAGUUGACAGCUAUGGGCUGGGCAAAGCUGCUGCCUGAAAAACUGGACAGCUGCUGCUGGUCAGAAUUCACAGUACUGAGCUGAAUAAACUCAGUGAAAAGCACUCAGUUCUGACUCAGUGAAAAGCAGGUUGCCACGUCUUGGUUUAGCACUGUCUCUUGAUGUUAGGACCUGGUCACUGUUUCCUUUUUGCUCCCUGCCCUGCCCUCUUGGGCCUACCUCAGAAUUUGUUCAAAACUGUUGUUUCGUUUCAUUCCCCAAUAUUAGGAGGCUGGGAUUUCACCGGAGGUGAAGGCCGCCAGUAGCCAAGAGCGGCUGAUUCAGCGGCUGGCAAGGUGUCUGCAGAGCAAGGAAAGAGCCUUACAGGUGAGGAGAGAGAGAAAAAAAACCUUGGCAUCCCAUGCUGUGAUAGAGUGGCCCAUCCGAAUCUCUCAAAUGGGUGAAAAGGAUGAAUCGGAGGUGCAGGCUUCCCAUGGAGGUAUCCGGUCAGCCACAGUGAGAACAGGAAACUGGCUGGGCCUAAUCCUGCAGGGCUCUUCUUACGCAGAAUGGGAAACCUGACGGGGACUGCUGUUUUUUGUCACAACCCCUAAUACCUUUUCCUGCAUGGGUCUCCUCAGACCCUCUAUUGGUGAUAGCUUUCUCUGGGUGGCCCUGUGGUCUAAACCACUGAGCUUCUUGGGCUUGUCUAUCGGAAGGUCGGCGGUUCGAAUCCCUGCGACGGAGUGAGCUCCCGUUGCUCGGUCCCUGCUCCUGCCAACCUAGCAGUUUGAAAGCACACCAGUGCAAGUAGAUAAAUAGGUACCACUGCAGUGGGAAGGUAAACGGUGUUUCCUUGCACUCUGGCUUCCGUCACUGUGUCCCGUUGUGCCAGAAGUGAUUUAGUCUUGCUGGCCACAUGACCAGGAAAGCUGUCUGUGGACAAAUGCCUGCUCCCUAGGCCUGAAAGCGAGAUGAGCGCCACAACCCCAUAGUCGCCUUUGACUGGACUUAACCGUCCAGGGGUCCUUUACCUUUUUUACUGAUACCUUUCUUUGGGGGCCGCCCUCCAGAGACAUUCAAAGGACAGCAGUGCAAGAACAGGGCUUUUGAGGGGAUUAGUCCUGUAUUUGUGGAACAUUCCAUUUUUAUGGCAAAGACCUUUUUAUUCUCUGAGGCAUUUUGGCGCUGAUGUGCUGUUUCAGUGGCCUAUACACACACACACACACACACACACCCCAAAGUUGCUUCACCUUGUUCUUCUUGGGUUGUGGGAGAGAGGUGGGGGUUUUUUGGCAUGAACUUUUGAAGUAGCAGUGAGGAACUUAAGUGGCCCUCCAUUCUUCUCUAAGUGGCCCUCAGGACUCUCCUCAGACCAAUGCUCCUCCCCAGCCCUGAUUCGCAUCUCCCUUGAGUGAUUUUACCCCUUGCUGGAAUGUUUCCUUGACCUUUUAUAAGGACUCUUGCAUGCCUAGAUUGAGAAUAGAGAAGGGCUGAGUCUUGGAACAGCUUCAAAGGUGGAUUUCUGCCUGUUUUGAGGACCAAAGUUGCUCCGGUUCAAAUUCUCCCCUGCCGUGACGCUUGCUGAGCUUGCUUGAGCCGGUGGUGUGCUCUCGGCCUAACCUACCUCACAGGGUUGUUUGUGAGGAUUAAAAUGUGCAUAAUUUUGUGUGCUGCUUUGAGCUCCCUGGAAUAAGGAUGGGUUAAGAUUUCAGAAAAUAUUUCCCCCCCAAAAGGUAACUAAGGCAUAGGCACCUCUUCCCUUCCAAUACCUCAAAUGGCAAUGGGCAGGACAUGGUGGUUUUUGUAGUAAGGUUAAAGCUUACUGGGAAAUGAUAUAUAAUGAAUUGAAAAAGAUGUUUAAAAUGACAUUUGUAAAAAAACAACAACCCAGAAGCCUUCCUUUUGGGGAUUACAGUGGUACCUCGGGUUAAGUACUUAAUUCGUUCCGGAGGUCUGUUCUUAACCUGAAACUGUUCUUAACCUGAAGCACCACUUUAGCUAAUGGGGCCUCCUGCGCCACCAGAGCACAAUUUCUGUUCUCAUCCUGAAGCAAAGUUCUUAACCUGAGGUAAUAUUUCUGGGUUAGCGGAGUCUGUAACCUGAAGCGUAUGUAACCUGAAGCGUAUGUAACCCGAGGUACCACUGUAUAGGGACACAACUACCCAGACUGUAUAGAAAUUUAUUCAUGUAUGCGACUACAGCGGCAAGAAUGUUACUUGCCCAAAAAUGGAAAGAAGUCCUAGCAAAAGAAGAAUAGAUACGAAAACUUGUGGAAUAUGCAGAAAUGGCAAAACUUACUGAAAAAAUAAGAAAUCAAGAUAGCAAACUUUUUAUAAAAGAAUGGAAAUGGUUUAUUGAAUAUUUACAAACAAACUGUAAACAGAUAAGAGCGUCAGCAGGAUUAUUGUAAUAACCUGCAGUUUUAUAUAAGAGUAUAUAUUUAAAGUAAAUGAAUAAAUGAGCAAAUUAAGUUAAUUUGGAUAUGCAGAAAAUAUUAAAAAUAAUUUUAAGGAACCGCAGAAAGGGGGGGAAGGAAGUUAGGUUUGAAAUAUUAAAAUGAUUGUAAAAUUAGAGAAAUGUAUGAACCUGAAAAGCGUAAAUAAAAUAUAAAGCAGCAUAGAAGUUACAAUGAUUGCAAAGUUAUUGAAAUGUAUGAAAUUGAAGAUUAUAAAUAAAAUAAUUUUUAAAAGGGAAUGGGUAGGACGUAGGAAAUGAUUUCAGCUCCUCAGCAUAAAGCUCUCUCUCUCUCUCUCUCUCUCUCUCUCUCUCUCCCUCUCUCUCUCCCUCUCUCUCUCUCUGUCUGUGUCACCCUCUUUCUCUUCCCCAGGACUGUCUUAUCCUCUUGCAGUCUCUUGGCCCUCCAGGAGUCAAGCCCUCCAUGCUGGAAGCCCAGAUAAAGCAAAUAGCCCAUCGCCUGAAGGAGAGAGACCAGGGCUUAGAGGUAACGGGAGUGCAUGGAGCCAGAAAUAGGACCCUGAUCACUGAGCAUCACGAUCUACACAUCCAGUUUCCACUUUAACAGCCAUGGAGAAUCCUGGGAACUUUAGUUUUAAGGGUGCUUGGGAUUGGAGGUCUGUGCAGUCAGCACCAUUAACCAGCUACAUCUCCCAGGACACUCUGGGGGAAAGAAGUGACUGUUAAAGUGGCAUGAGAGUGUUUUAAAUGCACAUGCGACCCAUGAAAGCUUGUGCCGCAAUAAAUUUGUUAGGCCGCAUCUCCACCAUCUAUUCAAAGCGCAUGUAACGUACUUGGCUUCCCUCAAAGAAUCUUGGGAACUGUAGUUCCCCCCUCAGAGAAACAAUUCCCAGCGCCCUAAACAAACUACAGUUCAUCCCAGCCUUGGUCCAGUAUACCUGAAGAAGCAUCACCACCCCCAUUGUUCUGCCCGGACACUGAGGUCCAGCGCCGAGGGCCUUCUGGUGGUUCCCUCACUGCAAGAAGCCAAGUUGCAGGGAACCAGGCAGAGGGCCUUCUCGGUGGUGGCACCUGCCCUGUGGAAGGCCCUCCCACCAGAUGUCAAAGAGAAAAACAACUACCAGUCUUUUAGAAGGCACUUGAAGGCAGCCCUGUUUAGGGAAGCUUUCAAUGUUUAAUAGACUAUUGUAUUUUAAUAUUCUCUUGGAAACCGCCCGGAGUGGCUGGGGAAACCCAGCCAGAAGGGUGAGGUAUAAAUAAUAAAUUGUUGUUGUUUGGGGAGAAGUCAUGUGCAUUAAAUUUCUGUUAAUCUGCUUUAAACGUAUGGAUCAAUCUGGCACGGUUUUUUGCUGCAUCAGACUUUGGAUCUUGGGAAUCAAAACUCCCCGCUGAUCUACUGCCAGUCCUCCAGGGAUCUACCAAUAUUAUUAAUGAAUUAAUGAAUUAAUUAUUGAGUUUAUAUGCCGCCCUAUACCCGGAGGUCUCUGGGCGGUUCACAGAAAAGAUCACAACAUCAGAAUAAAAAUAACAACCCAAUAACACUCCCCCCCCCCAGAAAAGAGCCACAUUUUGAAAGAGUAUAGGGCGUCAAACAGAUCAGCCAAAGGCCUGGUUAAAAGGGAACGUUUUUGCCUGGCACCUGAAGAUGUGUAAUGAAGGCGCCAGGCGAUCUUCCCUGGGGAGAGGAUUCCACAGACGGGGAAUUGAUCCUGAUCUGUCUUCUUCCCAUCCCAUAUGUAAGGCAGAGUAAGGCAGCUCCUGGGGAGUCUUCAUUUUGUCUCCUUCUCUUUGCCCUCACAGAAGACCUUGUCCGGUCACUUCCUGGCAUUGGAGUCUGUGCACCGUGACGUGAGGCACCUUCAAGAGGCUCUGAAGGACAAAGACGCCGACCUGGCAAGACUUGGCACUGCCCUCCGCACAGGAGAGGAGACCUUGCAUGUAUGAACGGAGAGAGGGGUACUGUGAUCGAGGGAGGAGGGGCCCAAAACUAAGGACAAUAUGGUGGGAAGUUAUUUGUACUGCAACACAGUGGGAAAACUAAUUUGAGUCCUGGCCUCUCCUGUGGGCAAGGCUGGUGAUUUUAAAUAUACCUGUCCAUGGAGGCAGAGGUUAAUUCUGUAUCCAGGGCAGCUGUCUACCAGCUCCAUCUGGUACGCAGGCUGAGACCCUACCUGCCCGCGGACUGUCUCGCCAGAGUGGUGCGUGCUCUAGUUAUCUCCCGCUUGGACUACUGCAAUGCUCUCUAUGUGGGGCUACCUUCAAAGGUGACCCGGAAACUGCAAUUAAUCCAGAAUGUGGCAGCUAAACUGGUGACUGGGAGUGGCCGCCGGGACCAUAUAACACCGGUCCUGAGAGAUCUGCAUUGGCUCCCAGUAUGUUUCCAAGCACAAUUCAAACUGUUGGUGCUGACCUUUAAAGCCCUAAACAGCCUCUGCCCAGUAUACCUGAAGGAGCAUCUCCACCCCCAUCAUUCAGCCCAGACACUGAGAUCCAGCACCGAGGGCCUUCUGGCGGUUCCCUCAUUGCAAGAAGUGAGGUUACAGGGAACCAGACAGAGGGCCUUCUCGGUAGUGGCGCCUGCCCUGUGGAACGCCCUCCCUUCAGAUGUGAAGGAAAUAAGCAGCUAUCUUAUCUUUAAAAGACAUCUGAAGGCAGCCCUGUUAUGGGAAGUUUUUAAUAUUUAAUGCUGUACUGUUUUUAACACUUGAUUGGAAGCCGCCCAGAGUGGCUGGGGAGACUCACCAGAUGGGCGGGGUAUUAUUAUUAAUACUACUACUACUACUACUACUAAUAAUAAUAUAUCUAUAUGCAUAUAUAGAUACACACACACACAGACAUAUUUUUUAAAAUUUUGGGCUAUGUUUCUUUCCGAAUGGAAUUCUGGAUAAACCCUGAUAGCUUGGGACUUUUGGGUUUCAGCAAACGAACAACCAAGAACUAAGUUUCUAGUCCUCUUGGCUGCAAAGGCACAUUGACCUGACAUUUCAGAUAAACGUAGGGUAGGCCUUUGCUUUGUGUUUUAAGAAGGAUGUGGGGAGCAGCGCGGCAUCAUGGGAAACGCAGCCCAUUUCACUAACUUGUGUUCUCACUUCGUCUCAUUUGCUUUUCACAUCUUUCCUUCUAGUAUGUAAAUUUUUUUUAGAAAAUCACGUGACAUUUGCAAACUUUUUUUAAAAAAAUAGGCCAUUGUUUGCUGGGGGUAAUUAAUUUGGAUUCUUGCAGGGUUAGACAGACAAUCCCGGAUACAAAAAGUUUGCUGGGUUUUGUUAAGUUGUGGGUGAACAUAUCAGACGACACAGCGAUUCUUCAAACAGCUCUUGUUUAUUCAGAGGCCAGAACAGAACUGAACUGAAGGGCUCAGUCAGCCUGCUUAUAUAGAGCUCCAGUACAACGUAACUGUAACAACUUUCUAAAACUAUCCAAUCACUGAACGUCACUUUCAAUCCUUCAUUUGCAUAACUAUCUACAGUAUCCCCCUGCUGGCCCAGGGUGAGAACUUCAGUACAUAACAGGUUUAGCAGUCAGGAUUCUAUGGUUGCUAAGAGACAGCACCUCCGAUGACACAGUUGUUUGUGCGAGAACAAAGGAGGAUCCAUGAAAAUAACAUUGCUUUCUCCUGUUCUGGGGGUUUGUCUUGUCUACCCUUGGCAAUUGCCCCUCUUCCCCCAGGCUUUGCGUGAGGUCCUGCACCAGAAGGAUCGAGAGAUCCAGCGGCUGGAAUCUCUUUCCGCCUCGGCCCGCGGAUCCUGGCAGCAGCGGGACCAAACUUUGCUCCUGGCCCUGAAGGAGAAGGAAGCCUUAAUCAAAGCCCUCCAGGAAGCGCUCGCCAGCAGCACCAAGGAUGUGGAGGUAGCUACUGCUAGGUUUUUAGUCCUCAUGGUGUCUCCUCCUUGGCAAUGCUAGAAUGCCACAGGAUUUUUGAUAUUUAACACGUGCGGCACAAAUGUGCGAUCUCUUUGAUACCAUCGUGAGCACCAACCAUCAUGAACGCAAUGGAACACAGGUCUGGAGGGGACCCAAGACCUUUUCUCAAUGUUCAACUCAAAUUUACCCUCCCGUAAUUGAGGUCCAUGUGGGACGCAGGUGGCGCUGUGGGUUAAACCACAGAGCCUAGGACUUGCCGAUCAGAAGGUCGGCGGUUCGAAUCCCCGCGACGGGGUGAGCUCCUGUUGCUCGGUCCCUGCUCCUGCCAACCUAGCAGUUUGAAAGCACGUCAAAGUGCAAGUAGAUAAAUAGGUACCGCUCCGGCAGGAAGGUAAACGGCGUUUCCGUGCGCUGCUCUGGUUCACCAGAAGCGGCUUAGUCAUGCUGGCCACAUGACCCGGAAGCUGUACGCCGGCUCCCUCGGCCAGUAAAGCGAGAUGAGCGCCUCAACCCCAGAGUCGGUCAUGACUGGACCUAAUGGUCAGGCGUCCCUUUACCUUUAAUUGAGGUCCAUAAUCUUUAUGCCUGCAAACAAAAAACAAAAAAACAUUUCCCCUCUUCUGUGUGGCAGCCCUUCCCAUAUCUGAGAGGUCCUCAUAUGGUACUUGUUUUCCAUGCUAUUUACUUACUUUUAUUUCGAUGAUUAAUUCUAGUUAUAUAAUUAAUAUAUCAUUAUCACUUAAUUGCAAGAGUCUCUAAGUGGCGUCAGCCAUCUUCAUUGCAUCAGGAACAUUUGCAAAGGCAUGGACAUAUAGACGAUUGGGUGUGCAGGUUUAUCUCUUGGGGAAAGCAGACAGAGAGAUACAUGGGCAGGCGCACCAUUCAUUUAAAGCACAUGACUUCUCCCAAAGCAUCCUGGCUAUGGCAGCUUCCCCGUCAUAGAGCUACAAUUCCCAGUACCCUUAAGAAACCACAGUUUUCCCAGGAUGCUUUGGGUGGGGGGUGUCAUGUGAUUAUAACACAUUUUCGAUGUGCUUUAAUGCAUGGUGCGGACCUGUCCCCUGUCAAACCCUUUCCGUCUCUCUCCUGCAAGACCUUACGUGUCCCCGUCGUACCUACGGGACUGCCUCUCCUGGUAUGCCCCAUAGAGGAACUUAUGGUCUUCAAACAAAAACAUCUUGGAGGUCCCAGGCCACAGAGAGGUUAGGCUGGCCUCAACUAGAGCCAGGGCUUUUUCGGCUGUGGCUCCGCUUUGGUGGAACGCUCUGUCACAAGAAACUAGGGCCCUGCGGGACUUGACAUCUUUCCGCAGGGCCUGCAAGACAGAGCUGUUCCACCAGGCCUUUGGCCAGGGCAUAGCCUGACUCCCUCCUUUGGCAAUCCUCACAGAACUCUAGCCCAGUGGUUGCCAUUAAUCUGAUUUGAAUUAAUUUUAUAAUGAAAUGAUUUUAGAAUGUUUUAUCAUUUUAUUGUUGUUAGCCGCUCUGAGCCCGGCUUCGGCUGGGGAGAGCGGGAUAUAAAUAAAACUUGAUUUAUUAUUAUUAUUAUUAUUAUUAUUAUUAUUAUUAUUUCUCCACCCAAGGCGCUCGCCAAUUCCCUCGGCAGCCCCGACUUCGCCCCAGGGCUGCUCCAGAGGAUCCAGGAGAAGGAAGACUUGCUGGCCCGGUCUUUGGCUGAACAGGAGGAGAUCAGAGCCCAGUGGCAGAGGCGCCUGGAAGCUGUGGAAAAUGCAGCUUCUGCCACGGAACAGGAGCUGCAGGUAGGAAUGAGAAGGAGCACACAGGGGCACUCUGUGGGAUCUUAACUAUCUCCAGAAUAUUUAUUUUUUAUUAUUAUUUAUUUAACUUAUUACUCACUUGAGGAACUUUUGUAAAACAAUAAAUGCAAAAGUACGUAAUUCGCAACAAAAAUAAAUAACAUACCAAGCCAGUAGAAAGCAAAACGGGGGGGGGGUGAGAUAAUAAUAAUAAUAAUAAUAAUAAUAAUAAUAAUAAUAAUUUAUUUUCUAUACCCCAAGGGACGCGGGUGGCGCUGUGGGUUAAACCACAGAGCCUAGGAUUUGCCGAUCAGAAGGUCGGUGGUUCGAAUCCCCACGACGGGCUGAGCUCCCUUUGCUCAGUCCCUGCUCCUGCCAACCUAGAAGUUGGAAAGCACGUCAAAGUGCAAGUAGAUUGAUAGGUACCGCUCUGGCGGGAAGGUAAAGGGCGUUUCCGUGCGCUGUUCUGGUUCGCCAGAAGCGGCUUAGUCAUGCUGGCUACAUGACCCGGAAGCUGUACGCCGGCUCCCUCGGCCAGUAAAGCGAGAUGAGCGCCGCAACCCCAGAGUCGGUCACAACUGGACCUAAUGGUCAACGGUCCAUUUACCUUUACCUUUACCCUACCUAUCUGGCUAGGUUUCCCCAGCCACUCUGGGUGGCUCCCAGCAGAAUAUUAAAAACAUGGUAAAACAUCAAACAUUAAAAACUUCCCUAAACAGGGCUGCCUUCAGGUGUCUUCUAAAAGUCAGAUAGUUGUUUAUUUCCUUGGCAUCUAAAGGGAGGGCGUUCCACAGGCGGGCGCCACCACUGAGAAGGCCCUCUGCCUGGUUCCCUGUAACCUCACUUCCCUGUAACCUCACUGGGCCUCAGUAUCCGGGCUGAACGAUGGGGGAGGAGACGCUCCUUCAUCUCUAAAACGCAUUUGUAUUUUUAAAGGAGGCCAUAGAUAGUAAAAAUAGAUAAUAAACAGAUAAUAAAAGGCCUGGCACAAGAGAAAUGCUUUGACCGGGGGGCCACUAGGGGCGCAUUGGAAGAUGGCUGACAAUAACAUCUUUCCGACCCACACGAGGUAAUUAAGAGGCUGUGAUGGGAGUAAACAGCCUCCCUGCCCCCCCAAGCCUGUGGGGGGGACUGCCCUUGCCUGCUGUGCCCUACACCACCCCCGAAUUUGAGGGGGUGGGGGCCCUAGGCAGAAAGCCCUCCUGUGGAUCUCGGCGCUCCUGGACGCUGUCUCUGAUCCGCGCCCCUAGCCGCAGCAACUUCAAAAGAAACAAUUAGGAGGAAGCGAAUGCACAUAUUUCAAGGAAGAAGGGGGAGUAAAGACUGCUAACUGAAGAGAUCUCUGAUAAACAAGACGGGUCGGAGGAACAAGAAUAAAUCAUGAGAAGACACACCAAGGCUCAGUAUGUUCGGCAAGGACUGGAUGGGGGAGGGGGGAAAACUUUCCUUUCUUUUCUCUAUGUGAUUAACCAAGAAUCCCCCCCACACACAAGUCACAAGUCAGAAAUGCCGUUUAAAUGACUUAAGCUACGGAUUUAAGACUGUGUGGAGAUAAUUUUCUAACCAAAGCAUGUUUUAAGAAGAUCGUGGAAAGUAUAAGAGCUUUGGAAUGACGCAGUAAAAAUUACCGUCGCCAUUUUGGCAAGUCCUGUCGGAAGACUUAAGCCUGGGAGGAGGAACAGAGUUGUUUUUAUAUUGUGGGUGAGCCUCCUCAGGGGGGCUUAAGAGCGACAGAUUUGCGAGAUUAAUGAUGGAAAGAGUGAUGUUAUUUAUGAAAGCGAUGAUAUAUGGAAACCAUCUUGAUAUGAGGAUUGGACAAAUGGAAAAUUCACACAGGAUUAUAAUUGGUGCUUACCUGCUUAAGGAGAUUAUCAGAAGAGAUCAUAAAGAAAAAAAAGAAAAAUAUACGAACAAGGUGAGAUGUGGAAACAGCAAGAUAAGACUGGAUAGAAUUAUGAACAUUAUUUGGACAGAUUUGUGGAUAUUAACGCAGCAGCAAGAAGAUGAUCGGAAUCCCCCUUCGGAACUUGAAAUAUGGGUCCCCCCAACAAAAAUUUAAAAUUCGGCUUUGUAAUUCGGAAUUUAUGUGAUGUGAUUUGAUUUGAUUUGAUUUGAUUGGUCGGUUAAUAAAAAUUAUUUUUUUAAAAAAAGAGAAAUGCUUUGACCAGGUGCCUAAAGAUAUCUAAUGAUGGUCCCUGAGGAGAUCAUCUACAAGCAGGGGAAAGGGCUGUUUUCGUGUUGCCACCCUCAGGCUCUGGAGAACAUGGAGGAGCGAAGUCAAACUGCUGGAGGCUUACAGCGCCUGCUGUGGCUGUAGAGACUGAUGAGGGAAAGACAUGCUUUGUGGCAGUCGGGGCAGAUGAAGGCGUCUAGUUGUGCUGCUGCAGAUGCACCAUGGCGUUUCUUCUCCUCCCAGCGGUCAUUCCUCCUCUGGUCACUGCAGGAUGUGGAUGCACAACCUGACUGUCUGUCUCCGGGCACUGUGGUCAUCUGCAAGGGAUUCCCAAAUGGCACGGUUGAUGUUGCCAGCUUUAAUGUCAUGUUUGCAUACCUCUCUGAAACACAGCUGGUCUGCCAGUUGGCCAGGUGCUUAAAUCCAGCUCCCCAUAGAGCACAUCCUUGGGGAUUCUGCCGUACUUUUUGCAUUGACUAUCCCUCUCCUGCCUACUCUUUUGCACCUGACUCAGGUUCGUUAGUAGGCCUUAGGGUUGUAGCCAGGGCCUUGCAGAGCCAGGCAGAGGCCCGGGCCAGGUAGAUAAUGUGACCCCCUUUUUUUUACCCUGGGGAUAACUGAAGUCUUAUAAAUAAGUAAGUACAGUGGUACCUCGGGUUACAUAAGCUUCAGGUUACAGACUCCGCUAACCCAGAAAUAGUACCUCGGGUUAAGAACUUUGCUUCAGGAUGAGAACAGAAAUCGUGAGGCGGCAGCGCAGUGGCAGCAGGAGGCCCCAUUAGCUAAAGUGGUGCUUCAGCUUAAGAACGGACCUCUGGAACGAAUUAAGUACGUAACCAGAGGUACCACUGUAUAUAAAUAAUUUUCACAAAAGGUAUGCUGACAAAUAAUUUUAUUUCAAGGCUUGAACCGCAUUUGCAUAUAAAGACAAAGUGGAAAAUAUAGAUAUACAAUAGUGCUUUUUAAAAAUACAUAGGGAAUCCGUCCACCGCCGCCGCCGCCUUUGCACCUCCGCGUCUGCCCCAGUGCAUCCCCUGCGAUUGUGAAUAUGCUGACCAAGGCCCCCCUUGGAAUCAGAGGCCUGGGCCAAGGGGCCCAUAUGGCCACCCCCCACCCCCCCGUCUGGGCCUGCUUGUAGCAAGCCAACCAACAAAGCAGAUCCCACAAGCCUGAAGUUUGUCCUACGUCAGCCAGGUGACAAUAACGGAAAGGCCGGGAUUCUCAAUCUUCUCCAUCUCAUUGCAGGAGCAGCUGCGCCGGCAUUUGCAGGAUGCCCGAGAACGGGCGCAGGAAGCGGAGAAGCUGCGCAGGCGCCUGACGCAGGCAGAGGCAGAGCUCACCCAGGGAGCUGCAACUCUGGAGGAGCAUCGCGCAGAAGUUGCGCGGCUGCAGGGGAUGGAGGCAGUGAAGGAGCAGGUCCUGGAGGUGAGCAGUUUUUGUUUUGUUUUCAAAAAAGGAUUCUUGGGAGAAGAGGAGACUAGGGUGCUCCAGACAUGGAAAAGCAGGUCAAGAGCCUUGAGUGGACCUACCAGACUUUCCCUUAGAACCCCAAAAUCCUGUGACUACAAUUUGUGUACAGUGGUAGCUCUGAUUGCGAAUGGGAUCCGUCCCGGAGGCCCGUUCGCAACAUGAAAAGAGCAUAAGCCACAGCGGCACAUCUGUGCAUGCGUGGGUUGCGAUACAUUGCUUCUGCGCAUGCGCGUAACGUCAUUUUGCGCUUCUGCGCAUGCGUGAGUGGCGAAACCCGGAAGCCACAACCCUUCCCUUGUGUGCUCUGCUGAUGAUGAUUAUGGCAGGAAAAAUGUGUUGAUGUGCUCAUCCUUUAUAUUUGAAGCUGACUCUUCUAUCUCUUCCGUUAUUAAAUACAGUGGUACCUCUGUUCCAGAGGCCCGUUCGCAACCUGAAAAGAAUGCAACCCGCAGCGGCGCAUCUGCACGCGUGGGUUGUGAUUCACUGCUUCUGCGCAUGACGUCAUUUUGCACGUCUGCGCAUGUGCCAGCAGCGAAACCUGGAUGUAACCCUUUCCAGUACUUCUGGGUUGCCGCGGGACGUAACCUGAAAGAAUGUAACAUGAAGCAAAUGUAACAUGAGGUAUGACUGUAUAGGAAAUGUACGUGCAGCCCUCUGCCUGCUGUUCUGUAUUACAUUAUUACAUUAUUAUCUCGCUCUGCUUCUUUCUGUUGCAUUUCCCCCACUAAAUGGAGCUGGCAAGUGGAGCCUUCCUUCUCCGCCCCCCAACUUUAAAAAUAGAUCCAAAUUAAAUAUUUCAUUAGCAAGGUUUGUGAAAAGCUCUUCCCUGCAGGCUUGAUCUCCUUUUGUUUACCAGCCUUUUAAUUGUUAUCUUUCCAGCUUCAGUGGCAGGAAGAAAAGAGCAAGGCUUAAAAACAAACAAAAAAAUCUAAAUAAAUACAACAAUAAGAAUCUCUUUCUUACUGCUCAGCUCAUCCUAACAUAUACCGCCCGUCCUCAAAGCUGGCUUUCUUCUUCUGCUCUGAUAUCUAGCAAGCUGUUUUGCCACAUGGAAUUUGCUUGGUUUAAUUCCUUGCUUAGUAUCUAGUGGCUGACAUAGGGAUUACACUUUUUGACAUCAGGAGGCAGGGGGCCUGUGGUCUAAACCACUGAGCCUCUUGGCCUUGCCGAUAGUAGGAAGGUUGGCGGUUCGAAUCCCCACGAAGGGGUAAGCUCCUGUUGCUCGGACCCAGCUCCUGCCAACCUAGCAGUUUGAAAGCACACCAGUGCAAGUAGAUAAAUAGGCACCGCUGUAGCGGGAAGGUAAACGGCAUUUCUGUGCACUCUGGCUUCCAUCAUGGUGUCCCGUUGUGCCAGAAGCAGUUUAUUCAUGCUGGCCACAUGACCCGGAAAGCUGUCUGCGGAGAAACGCUGGCUCCCUUGGCCUGAAAAGCGAGAUGAGCGCCCCAACCCCAUAGUUGCCUUUGACUGGCCUUAACCAUCCAGGGGUCCUUUACCUUUACAUUUUUUGAUGGAGCAGGUUCAGCUACAGGGAGUGCUAGUGUGCCCAUAAUUAUGUGUGUGUGGAAUUAUGGGUGCCCAUAAUUCCACACACACACGCCAACUCCUAGGGGCUGAGGUCCCUUUCCCCCCUCCCAAUAAAAUGUUUGAGGGGCGCAGCCCACCUGCCCGACCUCCCCCCAAUUCAUGGGCAUUGUCAUUCAAAUGUGCUGUGUCUUCUCAUCUAUUAUGUGGAGCGGGGCAUACUAUCCCCCCCCAAAUAUUUUAUUCAAGUUGGCACCCCUGCACACACACACACACACACACACACACACAGCCCCCUUGCAAACAAGGCAGUGAGGGAAGGUCACCUUCUUCCUCGAAAACUACACAGAGCCGAAGGAGGAAGUUGGAAGAGGUGACGCUCUUUCCCACUUCCUCUUUCCACUCUCUGUGCUUUUCAGAGCUUAGAUUAAUUCUUCUGGACCUGACAUCUACCCAGAUCCCUUGGCUCAGAGAAAAGUGUGGGUGUGGGUGUGGGUGUGUUCACACACACACUUUCUCUUGCCUAGAGGUGGGGGUUGCUGAUCUGGAGAUGGGAAAGAGACAUGACCGGAGGGGGUGGCACCAUUGGGCAGGGGCGUACGAAGUGGGGGGCGGAGGGGGCAGGCCGGGUGCCACUCUGGGGAGCUGUAGAGGGUGUCCAUACGGGCUGCCGCUCUCGCGCACUGUCUGUACAGGCUGCCUCUCGCAUGGCAACCGUAUGGGCUGCCGCACAUGCGCAGUCCGUACGGAUGUUGUGCGUGUGUUACUGGGCAGUGCGUCCCUCCCUGGAUCCUGGAGAGGGUUCUCCGCCACUGCCCGUGGGACGCGCUCCCCCAAACACGCCCAUGACCUUGGUGAUGAUGCGUCUGACAGCUGCUUCUGACAUCACAAUCUCUUCUGACGGUUCCCUCGCUGCGAGAAGCAAAGCUACAGGGAACCAGGCAGAGCGCCUUCUCGGUGGUGGCACCCGCCCUGUGGAACACCCUCCCACCAGAUGUCAAAGAGAUAAACAACUACCUGACAUUUAGAAGACAUCUGAAGGCAGCCCUGUUCAGGGAAGUUUUUAAUGUGUGACAUCUUAGUGUAUUUUUGGUCUUUGUUGGAAGCCGCCCAGAGUGGCUGGGGAAACCCAGCCAGAUGGGCGGGGUACAAAUAAUAAAUUAUUAUUAUUAUUAUUAUUAUUAUUAUUAUUAUUAUUUCAUCCCCGGCAGGAAGCUUUGCGAGAGGCAGAGGAGAAGGACCGGGUCCUACAGAGGUUGCAGGAGCUCUGGCUGAAGAAGGUGCCAGGGAGAGAAAGUAUGUGGCUGGGAGGGCUACGGAGGGUCAGGGUGGGAAGGUGCUGCUCUUUUAUAGCAGAGCUCGAGGCCAGCUCAAGAUGUUUUGCUGCUUGACAUGCUCCACCCCAGCUCCCCAAAAGAGAAACCAGCUGAACCUCCACUUAUUUGAACACUGGCAAUCGCUUUGUACGAAGUCAGACCAUUGGUCUAUCUAGCUUGGUAUUGUCUACACUGCCGAAUUCUCUCAAAGCCGUACUUGCGGAUUCCACAGAUUGAAGCUGGGACUUUCUGUGUGCAACAUGGCUCCUCUAGUGUAGAGCUGCGGCCCUUUCCCAAAACCAGGAGAGGUAACAGAGCAGUAGAGACAGGAGGGAGGGGAAAAAGCACCCAGCUGCAGCCCCAGUGGAGCAGGUUCAAAAGAAGUGAGAGGGGGCAGGCUCCCGUUGCUCGGUCCCUGCUCCUGCCCACCUAGCAGUUCGAAAGCACGUCAAAGUGCAAGUAGAUAAAUAGGUGUCACUCUAGCGGAAAGGUAAACGGCGUUUCCAUGCGCUGCUCUGGUUUGCCAGAAGCGGCUUAGUCAUGCUGGCCACAUGACCUGGAAGUUGUCUCAGCCAGUAAAGCAAGAUGAGCGCCGCAACCCCAGAGUCGUCUGUGACUAGACCUAACAGUCAGGGGUCCCUUUACCUUUACCUUAGGGCACAGGGAGGCCACAUAGCGCAUACACAGCAGUCUCGGAAGAGAGGCCGCUUUAAGGAGCAUAGGGAAGUACCUUGCAUACUUAGUUAGACCAGAUGGUCCAUGUAUCCCAGUACUGUUUGCACUGGCUGGCAGUGAGGCACCAUUUUCUCAGAUGGGGGAGCCUUUCCCAGCUCUACCUGGAGAUGCUGAAGAUUGGGCCUGGGCUCUUUAGUGUGCAAAGCAGACUCGCUUACCACUGAGCAAUCGCCCUUCCCCAAACAGCAUGUUUGUCCUCAAACACUGACCUGUUGUUCUACCUGACACCUGCCGGCUACCCGAUCAUAAGCGUCACAUGAGCUGAUUGGAGUGUGCACACCCAUAAUACCUGGUACAGAGUGCAUGGACUGGGCUGCCUCUCUGCCUGUUUACUAACUUCGCACUGAUUUUCAAUGUCACCUUACUAUGAGUAACUUAAUUUGGAUCCAGACUUCAUUGGUGGUUUUUAAGCAGAGGUUGGAUGUCCACCUGCUUUAGCUGAGAUUCCUGCAAUGCGGGGGGCUGGACUAGAUGACUCUUGGGGUCCCUUCCAACGCUACGAUUCUAUUCACAAGUAAGUCUCAUUGAGGCGUGCUCCUAGAUAAGUGGGUGCAGGAUCGCAGCUUUCAUCGUCAUCUUUUUUUAAAAGGUGCGACAGAACUCUUACCUUCAGAGACUGGUAACAGACGGUGGCGAUCACACAGGGUCCCCGGACGUUUAACGGUCUAUUGAUCCCUCUGCCACCACUGUGCUUGCUUCCCCGCUGCCAGAUAAUAUUCAGAUAAUAUUCCUGUCAGUAUCUUAACUUUAGUUUCUUUAAUGGCCUAUACCUUCCUAAUGUAUGGAAGUAAGAGCUGGACCAUAAAGAAGGCAGAUCGCCGAAGAAUUGAUGCUUUUGAAUUAUGGUGCUGGAGGAGACUCUUGAGAGUCCCAUGGACUGCAAGAAGAUCAAACAUAUCCAUUCCUAAGGAAAUCAGCCCUGAGUGCUCACUGGAAGGACAGAUCGUGAAGCUGAGGCUCCAAUACUUUGGCCACCUCAUGAGAAGAGAAGACUCCCUGGAAAAGACCCUGAUGCUGGGAAAGAUGGAGGGCACAAGAAGAAGGGGAUGACAGAGGACGAGAUGGUUGGACAGUGUUCUUGAAGCUACCAGCAUGAGUUUGACCAAACUGCGGGAGGCAGUGGAAGACAGGAGUGCCUGGCGUGCUCUGGUUCAUGGGGUCACAAAGAGUCGGACACGACUAAACAACAACAACACCUUCCUAAUACGUUCUGACUGAUUAUCUCAACUGUUUCACUGACUCCUCUUAACAAAUUCUCUCCCUCUCUCACACCAGACUAGCCCAACCCACAGACUUAUCCUCUCUGUCUCUCCUAACUCCAGACUGUCUUCUCAACAACUCUAACUCUCUAAAAACCUCUGUGCUUAAAUCUUAUACACCGUUAACUCUGCCCGCUGGGUUCCCAUUGGUUAGUCAUUUUACAAUUAGUUAACCCUUUCCCUGUGAACCCAGUAUGAUGUCACACACAUAGGAGGGCAAACGCCACACAGACUUAAAAUAUUUCCAGAGGUUGUGGCUGUUGCUUUGGCUGUCACUCAAUUAACAGCGACCUAUCGAGAUGCGCCUGCUUCUCAGAACACGAGAACUUGGGUACGUCCAGUAAGUUGGGGAAUUCAGGCCAAAAGACAAAAGAAAGGACUUUUUCACACGGUGCAUCGAUAAACUGUGUUGUUCUCUGGUCACCAACUUGGGAUGGCUUUAAAAGAGGCUCUGCCAGUAAUGCUUCUGACCACUAGUGGCUGGGAAUUUCAGGUGGGGAAAAGGUGCUCUUGUGCAGAAAAACAGCUCUGACAGUUUUGCUUCUUUCCAGUUCCAGGCCAGACUCUCCUGCCUCCUGCCUGCUCUCUGAGCCUUGCCCCUGACUGACCUCAAGUGCUCCAGAAAUUGAAGAGAUGCUGGACAAAAUGAAAUUAUACUUGAUCAGCGGAAGCACUGGACAGCGUGAUAUAAAACUGAGGGGGCUGGGGGAGUUCCCAGUUUUUUUUUAGAAAGGGUGUAUUGCACGGUGAGCUUCUGUUUCAUCCCUGGGGAAGAGGAUCUAAUGUAGGGAACACUGAUUGCAAUUGCGUUUUUAAUCUGGGUGUGAGGUUAUUGGAAAUAGUAGGGGAUGCUGGAGUGCAAGCUUCAUGCAACAGGAGCUGUUUCUUAGGAAUGCACUGCCUGAAAUAAUAAUACACAAGUGAUCUAA